AUGGAUGAAAAUGCUGGUACAGCAGAGAUAGAGAACAACGCGGCGAGAUAUCCAACACGCACUCGCAACAAACCAAGGUAUCUUGAUCAGCCAAUUAUUGACGACAAUGUUAACCGCACUGUUGAUUAUUGCUUUAGGGCUGUAGACAUUCCAAAAUGUUACAAGCAAGCAAUAAAAUCGCUGGAGGCUAGCAAGUGGCAAAAUGCCAUGAAUGCAGAGGUAAGCGCAUUAAACGAUAACAAUACGUUUGAGUUAGUCCCACCACCAAAGGAUCGACAGAUAGUGGGGGGAAGAUGGGUUUACGCCGUAAAAAUCGGCCAAAAUGGAGAAGAAACCCAUAAAGCAAGAUAUGUAGCUAAAGGGUAUUUCUCAAAUUCCUGAGAUUGAUUAUCAGGAAACGUUUGCCCCGACAGCUCACAUGAGCUCAAUUCGUACAUUGCUACAACGUGUUGUGCAGAAUGACAUGAUCAUUCACCAAAUGGAUGUCAAGACUGCCUACCUUAAUGCGCCUAUAGAUUGUGAGCUCUAUAUGGAACAACCAGAAGGUUUUGAGGAACAUGGUGAGAUGGUGAAAAAUUAG